AUGGUUCCACAUUUGAUGGAAACUCUGCGCAUGUUGUACGGCAGACCGGAAAUGCUGAUCAGCUCUCUUCUGGUCAAAAUACGGAACACUCCAUCCCCAAAGGAGGCGGCUCCGCAUACUGGCGGAGUCUGGGAACGUCUUGUGCGCUCGGUAAAGACGGCUCUAGAAUGCUUUCAUGAUGCGCCUAAGGUCCCCGACGACGAAACUCUCGAAACUAUCAUAAUAGAGGCCAAAAAUAUUGUUAACAGUCGACCUCUAACGUAUAUACCUCUCGAUUCGACUAAUCAAGAAGCUCUCACUCCGAAUCACUUCCUGUUGGGCUCAUCAACGGGUGCCAAGAUGUCCUCACAAGAACCAGUCAGUCCCCUUGAAGGCCUACGCAAUAGCUGGAACCUUGCCAGAACCAUUUCUGACAGCUUCUGGAAGCGGUGGUUGAAGGAGUACCUUCCGACGAUUGCCAGACGAACAAAGUGGUUUGAAAAAACCAAACCCCUCGAGCCAGGUGACUUAGUGUUCGUGACCGACGAAAAAAGGCGCAAUAGCUGGAUUCGGGGCCAAAUUGAAGAGGUUUACCCUGGAAAAGAUGGGGAGGUUUGA